UCUCGCCAGCGGUGGCCUCUCACCCCCACCGUGGUAUGAUGUGGGCGAGUCGGUAUUUGGUCAGCAGGCUGCGCAGCAACGGCGCAGAGAUGGAGAGCUGGUCCUCCCACGGCGUGUGACCCUCGAUCUCGGCCUCGGUCGCGAAGAGGAUGAUGUAGCCGCGGCAAACCCACAGGUACGCAGCGACGGUGUCGUCUUCCUUCAUGCCCUUGAGCAUGAUAAACCGUUGCCGCUCCCCCUCCUCGAUGAAGUCGAUGGUGGCGUGCCCGUCGAUGGGAUCGGUCAGCACUCGCUGAUAGCGCUCAUCGCCACGGCCCACUCCAACCCGGAACACCAGCUUCUCGCCCACCCCCUCUUGGUUAAACCACUGCGUCAACACCAUCCUCUUCAUGAAGGCCGUGAAUGAGGGGAAGAGGAAGCCAUGGCGGCGGAUGGGCGGGUUGUGGGGGUCGUAUGUGCGGCGGUAGGGGUGGCGGGGAGGGAGGCCGGACAGCGGCACCGUCUCGAACCGCCACUCUUCCUCGCCGACUCCGAUGCGAUACCGCUGCCGUGUCACCCCACCGUCCCCCUCUCCCUCUCCUUGGCUGCCCCCCUCUCCAUCCCCCUCUUUGCCCUCACCGCCAUCAUCGGCCUCAUCCACCUUUGUCAGCGCCAGACUGGUGCCCUUGUAGUUGAGGAGGUGGCCGAAUGUGCUGUACUGGCGAAGGGCGAGGGGCAUGGUGUGGAAGUCGGCCUUGGUGGGCAGGUGGGCCGCCAUCCACUGGGGCGACAUGAUCAGCGGCAGACCAGUCGAGGGCGUCAGCUUGUAGAUGUCAGCCAGCCGGAUGAAGUCGGGCCACUCACACCACAGCGCCCCGCCGUACUCGAGUGCAUGGGCGCACUUGGUGUAGUACUGAAACGGCCUCUCCACGUCGAUGAGGCCACGCAGAGACCGCCGGCUGAGGUCCGUGUCGAUGCGUGUGAGCAUGAAGGUCUCAUCGACGAGGUCGAUGCCGCUGGUUUUGUUGGCCGCCCGUGCUGAGCUGACGGCCACGUCGACGGGCAGGAACCGAGUCACGACGUCACGGUACAGAUCCUCGGACAAAGGAUUGGCCGUACCAUUGUCCGUGUGGGCUGUUGUGUGUUCGGUGUGAGUGGCGGCGGGAUGGGCGGCUGGUGGGGAGGGGUGGGAGGGAGGGAUGGGGGAUGGGUGCAUCGCUGCCAAGUCGUCAUUGAAGGCCGCGAGGGCACUGGAGACCACCGAGAGGCUGUUGACGAGGGCAGAGGGUAUCUGAAGUCACUCAGCACAGACAGUCUGCGCUGAGGGUAAAGGCGCAUCCACCUAACCUCGACAGCCGCAUUGUGAGAGUGUGAGCGCUCGAUGGUCACAAGCCCGUGCUCCGCCUGAGCACAUACAAACAAACAGAUGGACUGCCCUCGCCCGUCUAAAGAUGUGUGUGUCCACAGCCCUUACCUGUGUGAGGUGUGUCUGCAGCACUGAAAUCUGUCGCCGAAACGCAUCAACACUACAGCUACUGGCGGCCGCCUGCACACAACACAAGACACAGUCACAAUGGACGCACCAUCUGGAGAGCCCGCCCACCGAUGGGUCGUGAGAGAGAUCCAUUGGCGGCUGCGAUGCAGUACCCUCAUCCCAUGAGUGACCAAACUGACAAAUGACAGCACAUCAUCCCAUAUUCCGCAGGUGCCUCGUCAUAUAUAGAUGACUCACCGGCCUGUCCGCACGGCGACGGUCGGCGUGGUCAGCAAGAUACGGCUUGGAUCUCAGUUGUGUAGCCGUGCAGCGUCCUCCCGACACCACCGGUAUCACCUCACGGAAUCGCAGGAGCGAGUCGGUGGCCGUGCUAUAGCCCUCCUGGUCGUUGCUGUACGCCGCAGAAAGGCCUCCUUCCUUCCCUUUCUGUGCCUCCUUCCCUCCCGAUCGACUGAGGAUCGAAUCGGCGUCGCCUGCGAAUCUGGCAAAUUCGUUUUCCGAUUUUGUCGGCUGAGAGGCUCCUUCAGACGCCCACACACUCACCUCUGUGAAGAAACGCCGAAAAAUGGCGCAGAAAGAGGCGAGAUCAAAGCUCGGAGGUGGUGAGGAGAUUACCGACGCCGGCAAGGGUAAGACGGCGACACAGGUGAGAAGGGAAGAAACCUCGGAUGCCUUCUAUGGUGUUUGUCGCUUGUUUGGCUCAGAUCUGACGUAUUUUCGUGCUGAGGGUGCAAUCACUGGCUGUUGAGAUGUGGCGUGAAGGUGCAUUGCCUGGCAGUGACCGACUUGGUGGCUCUGCGGACCUGCUGUCGCGCCGUGGGGAGCUCUGUGGUGGCCGCUGCUGUGCUGGUCCAUCGCAUCGACGCCUCCCUCGCCCGCCACUCACCGGCACCUUCUGUGCCUGAUGAUGAUGUCUGUCGGCCUGAAGGCCUUGUCGGUGCCAGUGUUGCCUGCGCCAAGCGGCUGACGGCACGGGCCUCACGG